AUGAAUACUCAACGAGAAGGAUCUUCAACUACUCGUCCACCUCUCCUAAUCGGCUCAAACUACUCAUACUGGAAAUCAAAAAUGAAGAUGUUUAUCAAAUCCAUAGAUGAGAGAGCAUGGCGCGCCAUCAUAACUGGUUGGACACCUCCUAUGGUCAAAGGAGAAGACAAAGUGGAAGUAUUCAAACCAGAAGCAGAUUGGAAUGAUGGAGAGAUACUACUCGCAAACUACAACUCAAGGGCCCUAAACGCAAUAUUUAGUGGUGUUGAUGAUAAUCAAUUCAAACUAAUAGCGUCUUGUGAAUCUGCAAAAAGAGCUUGGGAAAUCCUUCAAGUCACAUACGAAGGAACGUCAACUGUAAGGACAUCCAAGUUACAAAUGCUGGCCACCAAAUUCGAAAAUUUGAAGAUGGAGGAGAAUGAGACGAUCACUGACUUCCAUGCUAAACUAUGUGAUAUCUCCAAUGAAUCAUACGCACUCGGUGAACCCUAUUCGGAAAGCAAGCUUGUGAGAAAAGCAAUGCGCUCAUUACCUGAAAGAUUUGCUUACCGAAUUGCUGCCAUUGAAGAAGUCAGAGAUGUUGACACGCUCAAACUAGACGAACUCAUGGGGAAACUUCUAGCACAAGAACUCAAUCAUGGUGAAAAUCAUCGUGAAAAGUCUAGAGAAAAGAAGAUAGCCUUUCAAGCAGAAACAUCAUAUGCAACGCCCCAAAAUUCGUCAACUCAAGAAGAUGAGCAAACAGUUGAAGAAACCUUGGCACUACUAUCGAAAAAUUUUGGGAAAUUUCUCAAAAAGAUCGGAAAAAGGGGAAAUCUUCCAAGCACAGGGAAACCCGUGAAUUUUCAAAACUCUAGGAGAAAUUCAAGUCAAGAUAACUCAGAGGAGUCAAAACCAAGAAGAAUACAAUGCCGAGAGUGCGAAGGCUUUGGUCACAUUCAAUCAGAAUGCGCAAACACCCUGAAGAAAAAGAAGAAAAUGUCACUUACUACUGUUUGGAGCGAUGAAGAAGAAUCUGAUGAUGACCAAGGAAACAACGAUCAAGUCACUAACUUUGUAGCAUUCAGCAGCAAAGUUCCUCUGGACAGUUCAGAAUCAACUGUUGCUUCAACUGUUGCAACAGUCUGUGAAACAGAAUCCAGGUAUGAAAAUAUGUGUUCUGAUUAUGACAAAAAUCUAAACGAAAAUUCUUCUUUUGCAGAGGAUCCGAACAGCAGCAGUGAUGAGGAAGAACCAACCUUGGAUGAAGUUAAGGAGGUAUAUGACAAAAUGUACCAAAAAUGGCUCGACGUCGUUAAGGUAAAUAACUUCCUGGAAAAGGAGAAGUUUGUGCUUGUAGAGGAAAACAAGACACUAAAGGUAAGAAUCUCUACUCUUGAGGAAAGGGUCAUAUCUAGUGAUCAAGAGAAAAAUAGUUUGCAGGCUAAACUUACUCAAACUCAAGAAGCAAUUGCAAAAUUGAACUUGGGUAGAGGUAAUCUAGAUGAAAUCUUAAGCAACAACAAGCCAAACUAUAAUCGUCUAGGCAUAGGAGGGAGUCAGCUACCAAAAGUUGAUCUAAAGCGAAAGGAAGAUCAAAACAGAAAAAUCAACUUUGUUAAACAGGCUUCUGUCUCACAAACAGUUGCAACUGUUGAAGCAACGAAACACAAUUCAAAGAAAAGGUUUAUUCCCACUUGUUUUUUCUGUCAAAAUCCAGGUCACAUACGUCCUAGAUGCUUCAAAUAUUUAAAACUUGUGAAAAAGCUUGUGGCUCGUUCUCUUUACUCUGCUAGGGCUGAUUAUUUUCCUUCACCCCCUCAAAAACCCAAAAAUAAAAUUGAUAUUUCCAAUAGACCUCAGCAAAAAAUUUGGGUUGAAAAGUCCACGUUCAAAUGCUUAUCUGCGAUUACUUCUUUAAAAGCAAGUACUACUAAUGAUUGGUAUUUUGACAGUGGGUGUUCACGACAUAUGACCGGUGUUAAAGAGUUUCUAAAAAACUAUCAACAAAUCACCGGUGGAGCUGUUACCUUUGGAAACGGAAAAAAGGGUGAAGUGCUAGGGAAAGGAUCACUAAAUCAUGAGAAUUUGCCAAAGCUGAAGAAUGUACUACUUGUAGAAGGGCUCACGUCAAAUCUGAUAAGCAUCAGCCAGCUAUGUGAUCAAGAUCUUGAAGUCAGAUUCAACAAAUUCGCAUGUCGAGUAUUAGACAAAGACGAGAAUUGUGUUAUUCAGGGAACUCGAUCAUCUGACAAUUGCUAUAUUCUUGUCUCUGCAGGUACGAACUGUUUCAACAGCCUGUCAGACUCUACAGUGCUUUGGCACAAAAGGUUAGGACACCUGAACUUUGAUAAUCUCGUAAAAAUCUCCAGCUGUGAAUAUGUUAGAGGGCUGCCCAAACUCACUAAAGAAAUAGGAAAAAUCUGUGGUGAUUGCAAAAUGGGUAAACAAAUCAAAAGUUCACACAGGGCUUUAGCUAAUGUGAGAACCAGUGGAAACCUAGAACUUCUACACAUGGACCUUAUGGGACCAAUGCAAGUAGAGAGUAUAGGUGGAAAACGGUACAUAUUUGUGUGUGUAGAUGAUUUUUCUAGAUUUACUUGGGUAGAAUUUAUUAGGGAAAAAUCCGAUUCUUUUGAUGUGUUUAAAAAAUUAUGCAAAAAGGUGAGUUUUGAGAAACAGCAGAACAUCGUGAGAAUUAGGAGCGAUCAUGGGAGAGAAUUUGAAAAUUCCUUAUUUACUAACUUUUGUGAAAAAUAUGGAAUAUCUCAUGAAUUCUCUGCACCUAAAACACCUCAACAAAAUGGAGUGGUUGAACGCAAAAAUCGCACUCUGCAAGAGAUGGCCAGGGUCAUGAUGAACGCAAAGGAGAUCGCUCCUCGUUUUUGGGCAGAAGCAGUUAACACUGCAUGUCAUAUUAUAAAUCGAGUCUAUCUUCGACCAGGUACCACUAAAACUCCGUACGAAAUCUGGAAAGGGAACAGCUUGGGAAAUUCGAUGCUAGAAGCGAUCAAGGAAUAUUCUUAG